CUAGAAUCCAUCCAGAAGUUGCUGAUACAGGGAGCAUGAGGCUGUGUGACCAGGUAUCAGAACAGAAUCACUCACAGACUGCCUUAGAAAAGGGAAAAGUCAGCUUCUUAAAGCCCUGAGACAUUGUGAUCAUCUUAAAGGAAACAUAUAGCCGCAUGAGCUAUAGAGCAGCACUGGAGAGGAAGGGCAAGUAGACAGAAGGAAAGGGCAGCCCCCUGGGCCAGGAGAUGAAGAAAGCUCCUCACCGUCUGACACAGCUGUCCGAUGAAAGGUCAGAAGAUGGCCUGGGACACCCAUACAGAGACCUGGCUCUGGAUUCUAACCAUCGCCAUCUGGCUCUGCAGCCGAGUUCUCUGCAAUGAUAUCCUGGGUUUGAAAUUACCCAAUGACCCUAUACUGACUCCCAACACCGUCUGCCUGACUUUACCUGGCCUGAGCAAGCGCCAAAUGGGCCUUUGUGUGCGCAGCCCUGAUGUCACAGCCUCAGCUUUGCAGGGAAUACAGAUUGCUAUUCAUGAAUGUCAGCAUCAGCUAAAAGGGCAACGCUGGAAUUGCUCAACAUUGGAAACUGGUGGCAAAGUACCCCACGACAGCGCUAUUUUGAAGAGAGGCUUUCGGGAGAGUGCCUUUGCCUUCUCGCUCUUGGCUGCUGGAGUCAUGCAUUCAGUGGCCACAGCUUGUAGCCUGGGGAAGCUGCAGGGCUGUGGUUGUGAAUGGAAGCGUCGAGGCACAGAAGAGUCCAUACGAUUGAAGCUAAACCAACUACAACUACAAGCUUUGUCCAAGGUGAAGGGUCUGUCUCGGGACCUGACACCCCUUCUCCGAGAAACUCCUGAGCCCAGUCCCCAAGAUACAUGGGAAUGGGGAGGCUGCAAGCAUGAACUGGAAUUUGGAGAAAAAUUCUCCAGAGAUUUCCUAGACUCAAGGGAGUCACCAAGAGAUAUUCAAGCAAGAAUGAGGAUACAUAAUAAUCGUGUCGGGAGGCAGUCUGUGACAGAGAAUAUGAAGCGGAGAUGUAAAUGCCAUGGCACAUCAGGGAGCUGCCAGUUCAAGACAUGUUGGCAUGUGACUCCGGAGUUCCGUUCUGUUAGCACCAUACUAAAGGAUAAGCUACAACGGGCUGUGUUUGUCAACUCCCGUAACAAGAACAGUGGGGCCUUCCAUCCACGACUUAACAAGAAGCGUGUGGUUAGUGAGCUUGUCUACUUUGAGAAGUCUCCUGAUUUUUGUGAGAGGGACCCCAGAGUAGACUCUCCAGGCACUCAUGGACGAGUGUGCAACAAAACAAGCCAUCAGAUGGACAGCUGUGCCAGCCUAUGCUGUGGGCGAGGGCAUAACAUUCUCAUGCAGACACGCCAGGAACGCUGCAACUGCCGGUUCCACUGGUGCUGCUAUGUUAUGUGUGAGGAGUGUCGGGUGACACAGUGGGUCAAUGUCUGUAAGUGAUCUGAAAUCAAUGGAAAGCUCUUUUCUGGGCUGAAAGCAAUUAAUUUAUUCUUUCAUAGCACUGACAAUGUACGCUUCUCUGUACGUGGAACUUAACAUGCACAGUAAGUCACUGACUAAAUACUUUGGCGUCCCACAUCUGCUGCCCUGUGGCUCCAGGACAAAAGAUGACAGGGUCAUUAGCAACUUGCUCUGGAUUCCAACAUCUUUCGCCCUUGAAUACUUUUGUCUGCCCCAACUAGAACAUUUCAGUCCACCGGCCAAAGUUACAAAAUUUAUACAUUCCACAGCUCUACAAAAACACAAAGAGCCGGCAAGGAACAUAUGGAUCUGUGUAUCUCAGUUUGCAUAUUGAGACAGUGGCUGUAAACCAUUAAUUUAAAUUUAAAAUUUUGGAUGCGUCACACAAACAUCCUAUGGUCUGAUGGAACUAGGAUAUAUAUUCGUAUAAUGAGCAUAUUUCCUGUCAUUGCAUUGACAUUUCCUUCGGAAAGGGAAGAAUGGAAUGAGGGCUGGAGGAUUUUGCAAGAGGGAGCCAAAUAAAUGAUGUCAAAUAGAAACAAAAACUGUCUGGGUCACAAAUAAGAUGUUAAAAUUUUAUAUGGGCCUGCUUUUAAACCUAGAUAGGUAACAUUCUAAAUGUAUAAAUGUAUUUACGCACUAUGUGCAGAGAACUGUGGCAGUAGAAGGCAUAGUGUUUGAGCUUUGCCUGACUCCAAGACCUCCUAAUUCUGACACCUCCUGAUCAGACAGUUUUAUCAAAGGAGGUCCGCGAGGAUGUGAAUAGGGGUUUUAUUUAUUGGAGUUUGCGUAUUUCUAUUA